AUGCGCGCGGGCUUCCGCCGCGGCCCGGGCGCCGCGGCCGACGGCCGGCGCGUCGGCCGGGAGUGGACGCGGGCCAUCAACGAGGUGCGCGCCAAGGCGUCGCACCGGCUGGCGGAGAAGUGGGCGCCGCACCUGCGCGACUCCUUCGUGAAGCUCGGCGGCUUGUACAUCAAGGUCGGCCAGCACCUGCCCGCGUUCCCCAUGACGCCGUUGCCUUAUGUCGAUGCCUUGGCCCCGCUCAAGGACGGCGUCGCGCCGCGGGGCCGCGACGUCAUCGAGCCGCUCAUCCUGAAAAAUUUAUCGAACGGCACGAAAGCGACGAGCCUCGCGGCGCUGGGCAUCAAGCGCGUCGAGUGGUCGAAAUGCCUCGGCGCGGCGUCCGUCGGCCAGGUCCACGAGGCCAUCCUCGCCGACGGCCGGAAGGCCGCGAUCAAGGUCCAGUACCCCGAGGUGCGGCGGAACUUCAAGACCGACGUCGCCUGCUUCACGCGCGUGCUGCGCCUCGUCGCGCGGACCCAGGGCUUCGCCUGGCCGGAGCGCGCGCGCGCGCGCGCGGGCCGCUGCCUCGUGCCCGCGCCCAUCGAGAACCUCGUCGCGGGCGGCGUGCUCGUCAUGGAGCUCGUGCCGGGCCGGCCGCUCGCGGCCUGCGUGCGCGAGGAGCGCGAGGCCAUCGCCGCGGUCGUCGGCUGCUCGCCCGACGACCUCGAACGCACCUUUCGGGACGCGCAGCGCAAGGUCAUCGACGAGAUCCGGUCCGGCCUCGACGACGGACGCGACGACGACGGGGCGAGCGACGGCGACGAGGCCGCGGCGCCGCCGCCCGCGGCGGGCGCGCUCCGGCGCCUGGCGGACUGGCUGGCCUACGCCGCGGACCGCGGCGGCGACUUCCUGCCCUUGCUGAAGGCGUUCCUCGCCAUGCAGCGCGUGCGCCUCGCGGCGAAAAUCCGCCGCUGGUCGCCCUGGUCGGCCUCCUCGCCCGCGGCGGCCGCGGCCUUCGACGCGCGGCUCGUCGUCGACCGCCUGGUCUACGCCGUGGGCCGCUGCAUCCUCCUCGACGGCAUCUUCUCCGCGGACCCGCACCCGGGCAACGUCCUCGUCCGCGAGAACAACGAGCUCGGCCUCAUCGACAUGGGCUGCGUCUACCGGCUCGCGGACGGCGAGCGGCGCGACGUCGCGCUCGCGCUGCUCGCCAUCGGCGCGGGCGACGCGGACGCGCUCGGCACCCUCUACGCGCGGAUCACGGGCCUGGAGCUGCGGACCUUCGACGCGCGCGCGCGCGUCUACGCGGCCGUCGCGGUCUUCGCGCUGUCGCACUUCGACUUCUCGCCCGUCUUCCCCGGCGAGCCGCUCAUCAAGACGCUCCAGCGGCCGGAGUUCAAGCCGAAGCGCGCGAUCCAGUGCCAGUGGCUGCCCCUCGUCCAGCGCUGCACGGAGAUCCUGCGCGGCGACUGCCUCGAGCUCGGGAUCCGCAUCCGCCUCUGCGACGCGUGGCGGGACCUGGCGCUCGAGUGCCUCGCGACGACGACGGACGGCGACGACGCGCACCGGACCUGGCCCGGCGGCCGCGACAAGCGCUCCGAGCUCUACCGCGGCGACAACCCGAGCGUCCCCGCGGGCCUCGGCGGCGACGCCGCGCCGCGCGCGAAGCCCUGGCGGCCCUGGCGCCGGCGGAGGGCGACACGCGCCGCCGUCGACGAGGAGGUGAAGGAGGAGGACCCCCACCACAUCGAGGAGAAGGUCCUGUUCUAA